AUGACGGUGCCUCUUCCCUCCACUCCACCUCCCCCUCGGGAUUUCCUCACUGAGUACUCCCUAGGCCGCCACUUAGGCAAGGGCGCGUUCGGCGAGGUCUUAGAAUGCACGCACAAAGCGACGGGCCGCCAAUUCGCCUGCAAGCGGAUCGACAAGCGAUUAAUCACCUCCGAGUCGGACGCCGCGGAAGUGCGUAAGGAGGUAGCGAUUCUGCAGCAGCUCACCGCCGCGGGCCCAAGCCGCCACGGCGGAAUCGUGCAGCUCGUCGAGGCGUUAGAAGACGGCGCCGCGGUGUACCUCGUUAUGGAGCUAUGCGAGGGCGGGGAUCUAUUCGAGCUUAUCAAAUCCGAUCACGCAGCGGGCAUGCCGGAGGACAUGGCGCGCGAGAUCUUCCGCCAGGUGGCGCUGGCGGUGGCGUACUGCCACGCGCGCGGCGUUUUGCAUCGCGAUAUUAAACCCGAAAACAUCCUCUUUACUGGCCCCAACCAGUCUGCACCCGCCGCAGAUUUCGGCGCGGAAUUCGGCGCAGAAUCCGUGGCCGCCGAAUGCUCGCAGAAGGAUUUCGGGGAUUCUUCCGCCGCCGCGUGGCGCUGGCGGGUGCGCGUGGCGGACUUCGGGCUUGCGCUCUUCCUCCCGCACGGGCAGAUGGGGCACGGCAUGGCGGGGAGCCGCUUCUACACCGCGCCGGAGAUGGUCCGCGGGCGGAAAUACGGCAAGCGCGCGGACGUGUGGAGCAUGGGGGUGGUGCUCUGCGCCAUGCUGACGGGGCGCGUGCCCUUUGCGGGGAAGGACCGCGCGGACGCGGAGGGACUGCGGCGGUCGAUUCUCCGCGGGGCGAUCAACUUCUCCGCGCCCGCGUGGGCGCCCGUGAGCGCGGGCGCGCGCGACCUGGUGCGGCGCAUGCUGGAGGUGGAUCCGCGCAGGCGGCUCAAGGCGGCGGAAGUGCUGCAGCACCCGUGGGUGCUCGGGCUCGAGCUGCCGGAACUCACAGCGGCAGACGCGGCGGCGGAUGUGGUUAUGGUGGCGGAUGCGGCGGGUUCGGCGGAAACGGUUGUUUCAGUGAAAGCGCAAUCGGACUUGAAGCCGGCGCUAGCGGUAUCGGCGCCAGGCUCCGCGGAUCCAAGGGUAGCGGCGGAAGAGUCUCGAGAGAAGAAGCUAGGAGUUAAGAAUCAGCAGAAAGCGGAGGUUAAGAAUCAGGCGCUUCCUAUCCGCGCUGUUUCUCCGCCCGUCGCUCCCCCAGCCACCUCUCCCCCCAUUCCACCCACUGCCCCACGCGUCGCCUCCCCUCUCCGCUCCGCUGCUUUUCCCGUGCGCCCUGCCUCCCCUGCUCGCCCUGUUGGAUCUCCUAUCCCCAUUCGCCCCAUCGCCCAGCCACCUCUCGGUUCCGCUAUAGAGCGAUUCAAUAAGUACUUUGUGCCGUUUCGGAUGCCCUCUCGCUCGUCCUCCCGUUCCAAUCGCCCACGCUCCGUCCGUCCUGGCGUCGUCCCGUCGACCGUCGUGUCGCGAUCCUAUCGCCCGUCCCGUCGCCGUCCCGUCGCCCUCCUGCCGUCAUCUCCGUUACCCCUCUCCUCCAAUCACCCUCGUGUUUUUCCCGGCGCUCUCUCUCUCUCGCCGCUCCCUUUCCUGAACCAAUCGCCUUCUCCUCUCCCUUCUCGUUGCUCUCUCUCUCGCCGCUCCCAUCCCGUUGCAAUCGCCUUCUCCCAUCCCUACCCAUCGCUCUAUCUCUCUCCCCAUCCCUUCCCGUCUCUCUUGCUCUCUCCCCUCCCUUCCCGUCGCUCUCUCUCUCGCCGCUCCCUUUCCCGUCGUGCUCUCUCUCGCCUCUCCCUUCCAGUCGCUCUCGGUCUCUCCCAUCCCUUCCCGUCGCUCUCGCUCUCUCCCCUCCCUUCCCGUCGCUCUUGCUCUCUCCCCUCCCUUCCCGUCGCUCUCUCUCUCGCCGCUCCCUUCCCGUCGCGCUCUCUCUCUCCCUGCUCCCUGCGCGUCGCUCUCUCUCACGCCGCUCCCUUCCCAUCGCCCAUCGCCCGCCAUCGCUUCUUCUCCCAUCCCCCAUCACCCACCCCAUCGCCUUCCCGCUCGCCACGAAACGCCUUCCCGUCCCGCACCCACUUUGUCCUCCCAUCGCCUGCCUCGUCGCCUUCACGCUCGCACUCAAACGCGCUCCCCGCGCCCUUCCUCUCUCCCUUCCCAUCACACACCUCGUCGCCCUCGUGCUCGCCCCGAAAUGCCUUCCCGUCGCCUUUCGUCCCUUCUCCCCAAGCAUUAAUCUCUGAAACGCUCUCCAGUCGCCCAUCGUAUCCACCCGGUUCAUCACCGACCUCGUCGCCCUCGCUCUUGCUCUGUAAUGCCCUCUCCGCGCCCUUCCUCCCUCCCCUCACAAUCUGUCUUCCCUCCCCGCAUCCCGUCGUUCUUCCUCUCUCCCCUCCCAUCCCGUCGUUCCACCUCUCUCCCCUCCCAUCCCGUUGUUCCUCCUCUGUUCCCUCCCAUCCCGUCGUUUUCCCUCUCUCCCCUCCUCUCCCGUCGCCCCCCUUGUCCCCAGUCCCUUUCUCUUCAUCUUCGCUGUCGACCAAUCAACCGUACACGCCAGAGCAGGUGUUUGACGUGGUGGCCGGGGUGGAACACUACGCUGACUUCCUGCCCUGGUGUGUGGGCUCGCACGUGCUGUGGCGAGCACCUGAAGGCAUGGAGGCGGAGCUGGAGAUCGGCUUUCACAUGCUGCGGGAGAAGUACCUCUCACGAGUCACCUACAAGCGGCCACUCUUUGUAACUGCUCGCUCCACUGACACGGGGCUAUUCCACCAUCUCGACAACCACUGGGAGUUCGCCCCUGGCCGCCUCCCGGGCUCCUGCCUGCUCUCCUUCUCCGUUGACUUUCAGUUCUGCUCCCUGCUCUACACCCAGUUUCUGGACCUCUUUUUUGACGAGGUGGUGAGCAGUCUUGUCAACUCAUUUGAGCGACGGUGCGAGGAAAUUUAUGGUCCGAGCAAGGUAGUUAUGACGAUAUAG